GCAAUAUCAUAUUAUUAUCAUCUUUCAUAAAAUUUUUACCACAUUUAAAAGCUCUAAUACAAUUGGUAAAUACUAAUAAAGGCAAAAUUUGUCCUUUUUGUGGUAACAUUAUUAAUAAAUAAAUAUUGAACUGUUAAUAUCCCCAUAUGCAGUAUCAGCAUGAAGAUAUGAAUAACCACCGUUGGAAUGUAACAACACCAACAUCAUCAUCCACGGUUAAUCAAGAUAUAACAACAUCAGCAUCAAAUACUACAUCAUUAUCAACAUCAUCAUCUUCAUCGUCGUCAAAUAAUAAUGAUGUUAAUUGUGCACCAAAUAUAAUAAAUAAUUUAACAAAUACUAAUAAUAAUAAUAAUAUUAUUGACAAUACACAAAAUUUAAUUGAACAAAAUAAUAAUAAUAAUAAUACAACAACAACAGCUAGUACAACAAUAAUACCAUCUGUAUCAGCAUCAGGUGGUAAUCUAACACCAACAAGAAAUGGUAAUAGCAAUACAACAACAAUAUCAACAUCACCAAUACAAAAUUUAAAAUCACCAUUAACAACACAAUCUGUUAUUACGGAUUCCGUUAUAGACAAUAAUAGUCAAACAAAACAUAACAAUAUUUACAGUAAUCAUCAUUUACAACAAUUACAAUUAAAAGCUGAAUCUCCAUUGAAUUCAACAAUAAUAUCAUCUUCAUCAUCAUCUUCAUCAUCGUCUGGCAUAGGUACAAUAUCUACUGCUUCAACAACAUCAAUAAAUAAUACAAUAAGUGCUCCAGCUGAUUCAAGUGAUAAUCAACCAUCAACACCGCAACCAUCGAAUAAUAUAUUGACAUCUUCAUCAAAUCCUAAUACCAGUAAUACCGUCGGUAAUUUAAAUUUACUAGGACAUCAAGCUCCAAUAUAUUCAACAUUGCCACCACAUCAAUACGGUGGUCAACAUUUACAUCAUCCACAUCAUCCAGCACAUCAUUCGCAAAGUUUAAUAACUUCAAACCAAGAAAUGCAUCCAUAUCCAAGUUAUAUGCACGGUUAUGAUCAAUUUUAUCAUCCACCGCCACCACCGGCAACUAUGGAUUAUGCGAGCAGUGGCACAUUAUAUCCACCAUCAGCAGCUAGCCAACAAUCAGCCGCUGUAGUUGCAGCUGCGGCAGCUUCUGCUGCUGCUGCUUCAGCAACUGGUGGCGGGUUACAAGACUAUAAAUCUUUAGUGCCCCCAACAAGAUAUCACCCAUACUUACCUAAUGGAACAAGUCAAAUAUCGCAAACUCCUCAAUCUGGAACAGCAACAAAUAAUGGUAAUAAUAACACUAAUCCAAGUAGUUCAAUAUCAAAUAGUUCACUUAGUCCUAGAGUAGUUAGCUCUUCGAGUCCGACACAAAAUUCAUUAAUUGGUCAACAACCACAGAGUUCUCAAGAUUCUAGUGGCUUAAAUGGCAGUAGCUUAAAUCAAUCUGCUAGUGGACAACCAGAUCCGUCAACAACGCCAAAGCAAUGUGAUAAAUGCGGUUUUGUCUGUUCAACGGAUAUUUUACUAAAUGAACAUUACAAUUCUGUUCACGGUGGACCGCCCACCUCAUCAAUGAGCGAGCCACUACGAACACCUGGAACACCAUCAGUGAAUGAUGAAAAUAGUAUUGCGAAUCAACAACAACAAACUUCACAAACUCAAUAUCCUUACCAACAGCCAACAUAUCCCAAGGAUGAUAAUGGUUCUGAUAUUUUGGAUUUAGAUUCACAAAAAAUGGUCUAUCCUCCACAACAUGAUCCGCUAGGCCAGGAACAAACAUUACCACCAAUGAAUUCAAUGCAUCCAAUGCACCGUCCACUAAUGUGGGGUUCCGAAAUGCACGGAUCCGGAAAUUAUAUGCCUCAACCGCCAGAAAUGAAUAAACCUUAUUAUCCAAACCCAAUGAAACAGGGUUAUCCAGUUAUCAAAUCUGAAUAUGGUGUACCAAUGAAAGCAACAGAUUUUCCAUCUAGUUCAGGUUUUACAGGUCAAAUGAUAAAAGCAGAUUAUCAUCAAAGUAUAACACCACAAAGUCGUCCUGACAUGAAAGGAUUUGGAAAUGAAAUACCAAAUGUCAACAACCCAGUUUCGUCAAGUCCUUCGGAAUUCCCAACGACCACAAAUCCACAGGAAAAUGGUCCACAAUUUCGAGGAUUUGAACCUCCAACCACAACACUAUCGGGUAAUCCAAAUGUCGUGAAAGCGACUACUUGGAAAUCAAAUGAAGCUCGCCGACCGAAAACAUAUAAUUGCACUGCUUGCAACAAGUGGUUUACAAGUUCUGGUCAUUUAAAAAGACAUUAUAAUACAACAUUGCACAAAAAUGCUGUCAAAUCAAGCGGUCAGCCAGACCCCGCAACAAUGCCUAUUAGUGCACAUCAUCAUCCUAGUAGAGAUCCAAACCAUAAAUCAAAUAGAAGAAAUAAUGCGCAUUCACAACAACCGCCGCCGCCGCCUCCGCCCGAACCGCCUAGGAGCCCCGAAUAUACGUCACAAUAUACACCACCUCCAAGUGGUUUUUCACAACAAUCACAGUUUCAAUCUUUUUCUCAACAAAUGAAUACUGGUGUCCAUUCUACAACCCAACAAAACUCAGCCUCUAACGGUCACCCAAACGGGCAAGCAGGUCCCUCCGUCCAAGCCUCCCAACCGAGGGGCCUGCUGAUCAUUUCAUCGACCAUGGAGCAACAAAUCAACAGCAACAAUCUGGAGCAGGAGGAUCAGGUGCACAGCAGCCAAAUGCCCAACAGUCCGCGGGAGGGAAUUUACCAUCACAAUCAGGACAAUCGACAAUCGGAUCUAAUGCUAGCAACAACCAACAGUCCCAGUCGCAGCAACAGCAACAAUCCUCAUCUACAUCCGGAUCAACAUCAUCAUCAGCAGGAUCUACAGGAGCAACAGCAGCUGCUUCAGCUGCGGCAGCAGCAGCAGUCGCAUCUGCCAACUCAUAUUAUCUCCCACCACCGGGGCCCCAUCCGGGAGGAUUACCGCCUCCCCCACCAGGGCAUCCCCAUGCCCUCGGUCACCUCACCCACCAUACAUUCCACCACCAUCCAUCACAAUACCAUAAUGGAUCACCAGCAGCCGCAUCAAUACAUCAGCCCUUUGGCUAUCAACACAACUUCUCCCACCAUCCAUACAACCAGCACCAUCAUCCCAUCAUACCAACUUCAGCAACAGCAAGCGGAGCACCAGAGUUAUCACACUAUUAUUGGUAAUAAUUUAGACUUUUCUACUUCAGAUAAUGAUAAUAGCGAAAAUAAUUUGCUACAAAUAAAUUCACCAUUUCAAUCUUCUAAUUCAAUGCAUUCCACUACAUUAAUGGACGAUUCAACAACAUCAUCAUCAAUUAAUGAUCAACAAAUAUUACAUCAAUCUCAACGUUUACAGACGACGGCCGAUGGCAGUAUCCAAGUAGUUACGACUAUUACAGCAGCCCCUCAAGCUACAAUGCUAAGCCAUCCUACUACUGUGGAAGUAGCACGUAUAUCGGGGGGCGCAAUAACCACCACAUUACAAGAAAAUCAAAUUCUUCCCUACUCGCCAGUUGUACCUGAGUAUUUACGUCAAAGUACACCUAGUAAUGGCGAAAGAUCACCACAAGAAGCUGAUAUGCCACCAAUAAUAAUACAAUCAGUUUCACAAACAUUACCAUCAUUUCCAUAUUCACCAACAAUUUCGUCAACGGUUACUGGUUUAAAUUUUGAUUCAAUAAAUAAUAUACAACAAAAUCAUCAAACAAUACCUAUUCAAAUGAAUACUUCACCAGAAACACCUUCAACAACAAAUAAUUUAUCAAUUAUUACAGAUAACAUUAACGAUAACAACAAAUUUAAUAAAUUAAUAAAUAUUGCUGAUACUAAUUAUAAUAUUAGUAACAAAAAACAAUCCAAUAAUAAUACAAAACGACGUAAAACUGGGAAAAAUUUAUCAUCUGCCGUCGGUGAUAUAUUAAUGAAUAACAACAGUAACGUUAACACUAAUAACAUCAAAGUCGAAUUAUCUUCAACAUCAACAAUAAAUAAUGAUUAUUCAUAUUGUCAUGAGAACUUGUGAGCAGCAUGCACAGUUUUGUAAUUCUUCAAAAAUGCCAUAUACUGCGUUUAUUGAAUCAAAAUAAAAACCAUAUGAAAAAAUGUUGCAAAACAAUAUUAAUAUUGGGA